AUGUGCUUCAAACUUUCAACAUACAUGAUGGUACCGUAUAUAAAAUGUCUUAUGAAUAUGUUUCAUUAUGCCACUACUACUACUACUACUACUACUACUACUACUACUACUACUACUACUACUACUACUACUACUACUACUAAUACUACUACUACUACUACUACUACUACUACUACUACUACUACUACUACUACUACUAAUACUACUACUACUAAACAUUAG